CUUCACAGACAAACGUGCCGAUAUGAACUCAACGUGGGACCGUAUGGACUCGUUUCAAGAGGCUUUCAUCAAGAACUUCAUUCUGGUUUUUCUGGGCAUAGCCAUCAACUACGUCAAUGGGACAUUUGUGGCCAUCUUCUUCACUAACCAGAUAUUCUACACUGAAUCGAGGUAUAUACUCUACAUUAACAUGGUAAUUAAUGAUAUGAUCAUGCUAUCAUUAACAGUCGCUAUACAUGUGGCGACCUAUAUUUCGCCAUUAUUCAAAAUGCCAGUCUGUUGCGUCGUAAUUAUAAUAGGCUCUACCACCCACAAGAACACCCCCCUGAACCUGGCUGGCAUGGCGAUCGAGCGCUAUAUCGCCGUCUGCAACCCGCUGCGCCACGCCGAGGUCUGCACCAUACGCAGAACCUACAUCGCCCUGGCCAUCACCUGGGGUGUGGCAGCCGUGCCUGCGUUGUCAGACCUCGUAAUUACACUUGUGACGCAACCGUUUAGUUUUUUUUCCAAAGCUCUUCUGUGUUAUUCCUUUAAUGUAUACAAUACGCGACACCAUGUGGAUAGUGUUACACCAGUGCUAGUUAUUUACCUUUCCUUCGUGUGGCUAACUCUGGUCUAUACUUACUUCAGAGUCCUGUUCGCAGCGAAAGCCGCCAGUACAGAUCCCAUUUCAGCCCGAAGGGCUCGGAAUACGAUCCUGCUCCACGGGGCGCAGGUGAUGCUGUGCAUGCUCUCGUACAUCGCCCCUUGGUGCGACAUGUUUUUCCUGCAGUUAUUUCCUCAUCACAGAACGAAGAUACUCUUCGCAACUUUUGUCAUUUCGAAUGUUUUACCGAGGCUCUUAAGUCCGCUGAUCUAUGGAAUUAGAGACCAAAAGUUGUUUAAGUGCAUGAAAGGAUAUUAUUGUGCGGCGGAGAGACAAUAAUAAAAUGCCAUUGUAAAAUAUACGUUUCACAAAUCUCUACACCAACUAGAUAAAGGGAAAGCUAUGUUAUAUACUAACAAGAGUAUGCUCAUUGUACACAGUCUUUGCGGAACUUAAUACUCUCAGAAAUUUGUUGUAGUGUUAUACUGCCUACAUACACAUCUGCACGUGUCACUUAUCCAACAUUAUGACAACUGAAAUGGACUCCAUCGAAAGAGGGUGCUUGAGAAGUUAUAUUAAGUGGAUGUUUAAAUUUAAAUUCAAGAACAUUUUUAUAAAUGAGGCUUCAGAUCUAGGAUUCCAGGUUUCCUUUCUCCAUAUUAAUCUAAUAUAAAAAAUUUAGCACUGCAUUCUUAAAUUGGAGAGAAGUUUUAUCUUGAAAUUAAGAUACACGCUGUGUUCUCGACUACUUAACACUAGAGGACAGCAUUCGCAAAGAUAAAGGCACAUAAACUGAUCAACUUGUGAAUGAUUCGUUUAAAGAAUGGUGAGUUCAAAUCGGUAGAUUGCAUUCAAAGUGAAAUUGAGUCAAAGAAUGAAAUAUCCUCAAAAUCGUGUGCUAAAAACAAUAACAAAUCAAAGAUGAAAAUUAUAAUGUCCUCAGUCUUUAUUUCCUAACUAACUGAGUGAAAACAUAACCAUAUUUAUGUUCUGCAUAGAAGGCUUACAGUAUUUAGUGAGACAUAGCAAUCUAAGAUAUCAGGUGGCAAAAAAAUAUUAAUGCCCUGAAGCAUGAAUGUGUUUCUCACACAGAGAGCCUAGCCCACACGUCUGCAUAUGUCAUGAUGUCACAGGCUUUGCAGAUGGAAUGAGCUCAAGUAGGUAAUCGAACAGAUACCGAAGUUGUAUACUGCCACAGGCUGCUCAGUAGAACUGGUUUGCUCCAUUGCCAUGCAUGCAUUUCACUUCUACAUGGGUUUCAUCCAUGCCUGGUAUCACUCUCAAUACCAAUCACCAUUGCUACAGCAUUUCUGGAUUAUCCCAAUGGACCGGUGUCUCCUUCGGUGGCACAAUGCCUUUGAGUCAAAAUCAAACUGCUUUGUAUCAAUGCUUUCGUAUAUCUACGAUAAUUUCAUCAAAUUCCCAAAGAAAAGUGAUGCAGAAGUGGUACAUGUUCAACCCCGUAACAACUAUACAACACUGUUGUAGUCAGUCCAAAAUGCAAAUCUCCCAUAGGUGUUCAACUGGGAUCUAGUCACUGUGAAGGCCAUAGCAUAUGAUUCACAUCAUUUUUGUCCUCAUCAAACCAUUCAGUGAUCCCUCGUGCCCUGUGGAUGGAGACAUUGUCAUCCUGGUAGAGACCACUCCCAUCAGGAUAUAAAUGUUUCAGCAUAGGAUGAAGGUGAUCACUCAGAAUAACUUUGUAUUGAUAUGCAGUGACCCUUCCCUAAGGGGACGAGUGGACCCAAACCAUGCCAGGGAGAUGCCCUCCACAGCAUAACAGAGCCAUCAGACCCCCACAUUAUAGGACCCCUGCAUUCUGUUCCUUGGUGUAGGCCAUUUAAAUGAAUGUGAACUUAUUUUUACAAAUGAAUACAUAUUUGUGAAUACAAAUUUUCCUAUUGCAGAAAUACCUCAUACUUUGUAUAUGGAAAUCAAAAAUAAGUUGACAAUUUCCUGGGGUAUUUAUUUAUUUAUUUAUUUAUUUUGCAAUAAGACAUACUCAAAUGUAAAAUUGGCUUGUGAAGUUUUAAAUCUGCAUCUACGUUUCAAGACACGUGUACAUUCCGGGACGUAAGUUAGUGAGUUUCUAUUUUUUGAAUUUUGAGACUUUUCUCUCGCAGUUCGUGUUCUCCGAUUGAGUCACAAAUAGCUAUCGAUCCACUCAAAAAUAGCUGGCUGUCAGUUAAAUGUAAUUUAAACAGGCCGUUUUGAACAAAACGUUCUGUUUUGAGUAUACUGGAGCCUACACAGUCAAAGGUUUUCAGAAGACUACUUAGUGAAUCUGCGUUACAAUAUACGUCUGUCUGCGUUACAUUCCACGUCUGUACUUGGAAUGUCGCGUAGAGAUAGAAAGUAAAAAUUUAAAACGUUAUUAUUAUUAUUUUUUUUGCCAUGAGAAGCAAUUUAUGGUCUAGUCCUAUUUCAGAGCCCUAUUUGUGUCUCGCUAUUUAUUUCCCUGCACUUUUUGAAACUGGUUUGUUCAUUAAAAUCCCUGAAUUCUUCCAUUUCAGACUUUUUUCACUGUUAUUGUUUUGCAGAAAUUAUCUGAUGCUGAAAAUUGUAUUUUAAUGUAUUGUUUACAUUUUUAA